CCCGCGGCCGGCGCGCGCCUGCCUCGGCAUUUUUAUUUUGCUGGGUGGGGGGCGGUUGCCGCCGCUGCCGCCCGUCCAACGGCGCGCGCGCGAAGCAACCAUCUUCGCCGUUCGACGGGCGAGCAGGCCAGUCCGCGCGUCGAGGGGCCAACUCUGCGCGAUGAUGACACUUGUGCACUCCAUGCUGCUGCUCGGUGCGAUUGCCUGCGAGUUGUCCACGGCAGUCCAGCUGCAGUGGCACGAGCCGUUGGAGCGGGGCGUGAAGAUCUCGCCGCAAGAGUUGGCCGAUUUGGGAAAUAGGGCCGAGCAGGAUGCUCGGGCGCAGGUGGCGGCCCAGCGCGGCAAUGUUUCUCUCGCGCCCGAAUGCUUCUCUUGCGCGCAGAAAGAUUACGUUGCGCCGUGCCCGUCGGGCUGGGAGGUGGCGAUUGGCAGAAUGUGCACGGCGCCGGCGGGUUAUGGUGGAUACUGCCGGGCAGAACUGUCGUUCGACGGAGAGUCAGCUGCAACCAAGCG